UGUAACCAUUCACCUACAAUUGGUAUUAGGGAGUAUUUAUUCUGUAGCUUUUUCAGAUUUUGUCCACUUAUUGCAGCAAUUCAUUUCAAGUCAACAUUUUUAAUGACUGAAAACUUGAUACAUACAAAUUAAAAGCUCUACAUGAAAGCUGAGGACCAAUGAAAUGUAAAUGGAAUAUAAUCAAGACAUACAGAUUAGGACAAGUAAAAGCAGACAACAUCACCAUCUGAAAAAACAAGUGAAUAACAUAUUAUUAGAUAACUUUGACUAUCCUGAGGAUGCAACUGAUGAGGAGCAAGAAGACUUACCUUAUGAUGGAGACCUAGAAAGAACUUAUCAUCACAAUAAUGAAUCAAAUAAUUUGAAAGCCUGUGUUUCUGUAGAAAACAUUUCUGAUAAUUUCUUAAAUUUGACCUGUUCUGAAAUUAACAGAAGUUUAAAAGAAGAAAUAAAUUAUGAAACACAACAGCUAUCUCAAGAAAAGGUCUUCAGCCACCGUACACCCGCCACAAGAACAAAUGGAAUAAUGAUUGAAAUGGCAAUAGAAGCUCCUGUGAGUGGCAUGCCUUUGGAGACAGAAUUAUCAGUUGGAGCUUUUAACAGCCUAGAUAGGAAGGAACAUUUCACCAACUCAAAAAUUUCUGAUGUUCUUUUGCGUCAUUUUUCCAAAGAAGAGUUAUCAAACACAAGCCAAUUAAUUGAUUGUGAAACUAUCCCAGAAACAUCCUUUACUGAAAGUGUUGAUGAAACCAUCCUCACUAAAACUAGGAUUUCAGAAUGUACCAAGCGCACUUUACUAACAGAACAAUGGGCAGAGCAUUUUGAAGACUAUCAUUUAAACAGACAAGAAGAAAUAUCUGAAGAUGAUUACAAAGAUAAAAAUUUGCUAGAUGAAAAUAAAUUUGUUAUAGAUGACAGUGCUACUUCUUAUGGUGAUGAGAAAGACUGCAUACAAGAAAAUUCACAGUUGAUAGCUGAAAAUGAAGAUACAAAUAAUUUCCAAAACAUAAGAAAAAAUCACAGUCACCAAAAAGGUUUGUUGGAAAGAACAGGUUCAUCUCAUGAACUCAAAUAUGGUCAAGGCCAAGUUAAUUAUUGUCUUCCUGACUUCUCUAAAGUUGCUCCAAAAGUCAAAAUACCAAAAAGAAAUAACAGUGAUAAAUCAGCUCCCAUAAUUAAAAGAACCAAAUUCUCGCCUAAUUUGGUUGGUAAAUCAGCAAUUGUGAACAAUGUUUUAGAAACUAUGAAUUAUUUUGAUUCUGUUGAAGUAAAGAAUCAAGAAGAAGAAAUGAGAAUUCCUGAACUUUUACAACAGCUAGAGUUGCUGACAAAACAUGCUGAGGCUCAGAAUCGUAUUGAUCAUUUGAGGUUUGAUCCUAAGAUAUAUACUCAUUCAGCUUCUCCUAAUCCAAACCUUUCCAUUCACUCAAGAUGUAUGGGUGCAGCUUCUGAAGAGUCUAUAUUUCAUCCCCUUACUGUUCCUAUCCAGCCUCUGCUUGGUUUGUCCCAAGCAUCUUUUUCAGGAUUACAAUCUGGGAGAAUGAUUUCAUCAUUACCGUCAGCCAAUUCAGCAGGAAAAGUACACUGUUUAAAUCCUAACUUGAUGCAAAAUACAACAAAAGGAGAAAAGAUGUCUCAAAUGCUAAAGGAGCAGGCAGAGCAACUGAAAGCUAAAGUGGAAGAAUUUUCUAAAUGUAUAAUGCAGGAGGCCUUCCCUUUGCAAGAUCACUGUCUGGUAUUAAAAGAACUAAAAGGAUACCUGGACACAUUGGAACAGAAAUAUUUAGCCACUAAGGAGGAGCAUCGUGGUUUACAGCUACAGCACUACAAUCACAAAUCCAUAAGUGUUGGCGAGUUUGAUCCCGACAGAAAGGUGGAGGGGGAAAUAUUUAGGCUUGGUAUGCUGCUUGAAGAUGUCAAAGAGAAAAUUGAUGACAAUAUAUGUAGUCCAUGUCCAUCUUCAUUCACAUCUCCUACAUCUCCUUCGCUCACGCCAUGUGAAUCUGUGUGUUCAUCCUGUUCUCAUCUUUGUGAGAGCCUUGUGGUUUCAAGCAUUAGUGAUCCUCCAGAAAGGUCUGCUACUGAAGUGAAUUUUCAUAAUAAUGAAAGGAACGAGGGAGAGAAUAGAAGUCAUGCAAUCGAUGUGAUCCCAAAGAAAACCAGUCAGCUUUCUUUACAAGAUGACAAUUGUGAUCUUUUUCCUAAAAUCCAAUUGGGAUUACAAAAAAGAGAUGCAUCUGCCUAUGUAAAAGGAAUGGAGCCCCUGGAAAAAGCAGAACUGCUAGCAAAUAAGCACUCUUCAGAUGUAAUGCAGUGCUUCCUUGCACCUGUGGCAGACAAUGGGCCUGGAGGCCUGGAAUCCCAAAGGCAGCUUAUAUUAAGUCAAAAACGUAACACUAAUCAAGAAAACCCAAAAGGGAGUUUAAACUUUUGGCAAAUGAAAUCUCCACCCAAAACCAAGUCUUACAGUAUGUGCAAUUUGGAACACAAAAUUAUUAAUCUAAAUGUGCAGCAAGAGCAAGGCAAUUUAGUCCAUCCCUCAGAUCAUUGUUUUUGUGAAAGGGUAGAAAGCUGUUCAAAUGCACAUGAAGCUGCUCUAUAUCCCAAAUGGAAAAUACACUGGUCAAAAAAUGCAAACAAAGAACUUUGUUCCUGUUCUGUCAAUAGAAAUAAAAAGACAGAGGACAGAAAAACUGAUAGUGAAAAGUCAAAAUGUGGAAGGUAUUCAGUCUUCAUUCAGGAAAAAGCAGUGGAGCUAGAUUUGUCAGGUACUAACCUUUGCAGUGAUUCAGAAGACAUCUCAUUCUGUGAUUCCUUUCGUGAGUCACACAGUGAUGAAUUUCUGGAACACAAGACUAAAAAUUAUAAAUCACGUAAAGCAGGAUUAAAAGAACAAAGCAAAGCCUUACAAUACAGGGAUUGGAAUAUAAAUUUCUGCACUAGUUGUCAAAGAAACAAAUGCAGCAGGGAAUCUGACAAGAAUAAUAUUGCUUCUUCACAGAAGAAAAGAAUUGCCGCCAAUAGUGUUUGUACAAGUAAGCAACCAGAUCAAUUUGUAUACAGACUUUCUGACAAAGACAACUUAGAGACUCCCAAAACCUGCUACUCAAGGAUGUAUGAUACAAUUAUUCUUUCACCUCACUACCUAGCCAGCAGGAAGGUUUAUGGAAGUAAAUCAAUGGUCAAUAUUAGAAACAGACACAUCAGUUAUACUGACACAAAGAUUUUAAACUCUACUUUGGAUCAUGCAAUACAGACUGCAACCACUUUGAAGGAAACUACAGAACGAAUGGUACAAGUAGUUGCAGAAGAUCUAGCUAAAGUUAAAACUCAUCGAAAUAAGCAGUUUUUUAGCUGAUCUGUUUCAAACAUUUGAAUUUGUCAGCUGAAAUGUAGACAGAACUUUGAGUUGUGAAAAAUGUGCAUUAACAAGUUGUGCAAAAGUUAGGAGAGCAGCUGCCCUUAGGUGUGAUAUUAGCAACAGUUUAAGAGCAGAAAAACAAAUCAGAGUGCCACGUUUAUAAACCAAGAGCCCUUGAAAGUUGUCACAUCUAUUAGUGAAGAAUGGCCAUAUAGCUGACUUCCUUCAGCCUUCAAUAAUGGUAGUUCUUUAUAGAAUUGCUCUAGGUAACCAAGUUUAGCUGUAGUUUCUAAAAUGUGUAAUUUGGGGCCAAGAAGAUAACAUCUCAUCCGUCAGUGUGUUCUCAGCAAUAUCACAACCCACCUCUGUAUCCUGCUUGGUAUUGGACAUCACAGAGAGAAACAACUGAAACCCUUUGUUCCUGGAUAAUCUUUUUAUAAUGAGUUUUAGCUGUAACAUUGUCAAUUUUUGAAGGACAUAUUCAAAGAAUAGUUUGUAUUGUUAAGCAUAUGCUUUUGUGCAUCUCAGUAAAUGAUCUCUCAUCACUCCUGUUUAUAUUCUAAAAUGUCAGUAUCUGUACUGUGGCAUUCUUAGUAUCUGUUAGAUUUGGCUUUCAUAAUACAAAUCUUCAGCUAUUUCAGCAUUAUGAAUAUAAAAAUUGCAAAUGGGCUAAACUCCUCUUAUGCCUGUAAGGAAAUCUGGCACUA